CGUUCUAGUCUCGCACCAACUUUUUUUGUCAUCUGCCCCGCCGGCGGGUGCGGGCAAGCCGUAUACAGGAGCUCGUAAAGUGUCUAAAUGGAUAUUGACAAGCGUCUUUUUGGGUGAUCGACCAAUAACUGAUUAUCCUUAUGCUCGAAUGAGGCUACUUAAAGCGCAAUCCCGUCCUGCCGGGGGCCGAGGUCCUUGCUGUCCUAGCCGAGUGGCGGGUUUUGGAACUUACGCUUCCUCCGAUUGCUUAGACGCUGCGCCGCUGCCGCGCCGGGCGUCUUGGUCUCGCAGCUAGCCCAGGCGCAUAGGGUUAGCCGCUCUGUGGAGCGGCCUGACCACCUUUUUUUGCAACAAAAAAAAUAUUUUACAAGAAUCACCUAAGGUACAAACAGAUAGAAGAUCACUAAGCUAGUCGGGCAAAAUGGAGUGGGACGCCGCCGAACAGGGCAGGAGCCUUUUGCCGAGUACUAAACCCGACGACGACGACGCGCCGCAGCUGAUAGACGACCUGCGGCGCGCGGUGGCCGCGGCGACGGGCGCUCCGGCCGCGGCGCGGGCCGACGCGGUCGCGGCCGCGCGCGCCCUGGCGGACCGGGCGGCCGCGGCCCCGGACGCGCUGGACGAGCAGGCCCGGCGCGACCUACGGGCGGCGCUGCGGGCCCUCGAGCGCCUCGAGCGCGCCGACGCCCCGCCCGGCGAAGGGGCCCCGCCCGGCGCGGCGGGCGCGGCCGGCCCCCGCCAGGUCCAGCUGCAGAUCGACGCCGAGGACGCGUACUCGGCGCAGCUCGAGCGCGAGCGCGCCGAGGAGAUCGAGCGCCUCGCGGCCCAGGUCUCGACCGUGAACAUGAUCUACCGCGACAUCGCCUCGCUCGUCGGCGCGCAGCAGGAGGACGUCGACGAGAUCGAGGACCUCGUGUCGCGCUCGCACGACCGGACGACGAGCGGGCACCGUCAGCUGGAGAGAGCCGUCCGGCGCCGCGUGCAGAAGCACCGGUGCUGCGCCUAUUUCCUGUGCUUCCUGCUCCUCCUCAUCGUGCUCGUUGUACUCGCCGUCAUCGUCGCGCGACACGUCCCCGCGGCCGCGCGGUGAGCGAGUCGGUUUUUACUAUAUUUGUG